CGUUCCGCCAUUCUAUGCCCGAAUGGUGUUGAAUGCAAAAACGUGAAGAACUAGGGAAAGAUAUUAAUUCUUUGUUUUGUUUUUAAUAUUUCACGUACCUAUAGGUUUAUCAAUGUCAUGAGUGAAUUAACUGUUGCUGCGAUUAAAAAGCUGAAGGUAGCUGAGUUAAAAGCGGAAUUAAGUAAACGUGGAUUGGCAGUAAAGGGCAAAAAAGAUGAGUUAGCAAAACGAUUGAUGGAAGCUAUAAAGGAUGAUAGUGAACAGCAACCAGAAGAUACAGAGGCAGUUGUUUCUAGCUCAAUGGAAACAGACAGUCAAGAGUCAUCUCAAGAAGAAUCUGAAAGCGCGUCAGAGGCUCCUGUUGUAGAAAAUAAAACUAAGGAAACAAAAGAAAAAAAUACUACAGAACCACCUGCAGAAGACUGGGUUAUGGUUGAAACACCUACUAAAGAAGAGAAUGCUGAGGCUGAGAAAGCUGAGGCUGAAAAAGCUGCAGCAAUUCAAGAAAGUGCUCCUAAAGAGGCUGACAAUGCUGUUGAGACAGAGAAUCUAGAUGAAGCAAAAACUGCAGAACCUGAGUCAAGCGAACAAUCCGCAAAAAGCUCUAGCGAAGUAGCGCAAGAUGUUGAAAUGCAGGAUUCGGAUAGUGCUAAUACAGAAAACACUGUCGCUGAAACUCCUAAUGGUCAAACAUUGAGUGAGGAUAAAAAUAAGGACGAAUCUGCAAAAGAGACGAAACCAGAGGAGAAUACUACAGACGCAAAUAACCCAGAUAAAUCAGGUUCAACAGAAGAGAAAAAGACUGAGGACUCUGCUGCAACUGACAAGACUGAAGAAAAGAAAACAGAAGAGAAAAUAGCUGAAGCGCUUGUUGAAAUUGAAGAUGAAGAAGGUGAAGAUUAUGAUGCUGUGGAGAUUGCUGAAGGGCAUGUUGCUUUGGAUGGAUAUACAUCUGAUCUGCACUUUAUCUUAACGAAGAAUGGUCUGUGUGGACAUAAUUUGAUAAAGAAUGGCUUUAGUUAUUUGUGGGCUGGUGCUCGAGCAAAUAAAGGUGCAAAAGGUGGAAAGAUUGGUUAUGAAAUGAAGGUUAUAAAGAAAUUAGACGUUGACCUUCCAGAAAAAGAAGGAUCUAAACACGCUGUACGUAUUGGUUGGUCUUCUGAGAACUCCAGUCUUCAACUUGGAGAAUCUAGUUUAUCGUACGGUUAUGAAAGUAGUGGUAAGGUGUGUGCUUCGUCGAGUUUCUUUGAUUAUGGUGAAGAGUUUGGGGAGGGAGAUGUGAUUGGAACAUACCUCGACUUAGAAAGUGAACCAAAAACUCUGCGCUAUACUAAGAAUGGAAAAGACUUAGAUGUUGCAAUGUCAUUAACAGUAAAGUUGGAAGAAAAGCCUUUAUUUCCUCACGUUUUUCUACGUAAUAUGCAAGUGGAAUUCAAUUUCGGUGCAAAUGAUGAACCUUGGUUUGAAACAUUAGAAGGGUAUUCUUUAUUGCAAAACGCUGGAGCGGAAAAUAUUGCCGAUAAAAGUUCGGAACCGCUCUUAUCGAAGGAAGAAUGUGAGGUUUUAUUAAUGGUUGGUCUACCAAACAGUGGAAAAUCCACGUGGGUGCAGAAAUAUAUUGAUUCCCAUCCAGACAAACAUUACAAUAUCAUUGGUGUGAACCAGGUCUUAGAAAGAUGUAGAUUGGAGGGUAAACGACGUAAAAAGACAGACGAAGGACACGAAGAACUCAUGAAGAAUGUGAUGACCGUUCUUACAAAACUCUAUCAACUUUGUCCAAAGAAAACAAGAAACUUCAUCUAUGACCAGAAUAAUGUGUACGAAGUUGCCCAAAAGACGAAAAUGGAGGCAUUUACUGAUUUCAAGAGAAAGGCUGUUCUUGUCGUUCCUACACAUGAUAACUUAAGAAGAAGAACCUCCGAUGCCAAACGGAAGGGUGAUAACAUCCAUGAUGUGCCAUUUGGCGAUUUGUGUGACAUGAAAUGCGAAUUUCAUCAACCCGUAGUAGGAGAUUUAUUCGGAGAAAUCAUUUAUCCGGAGCUAGACGACAAGAAUGCCAGUAAAACUAUUCGAGAUUAUCACAGCGACGGCUCCAGGGCAAAGCGCACAGGUCGCGAUGAGUAUUACCCGAAAAAACGCCCGAGACACGACGAUAGAAGCUAUGGAAGAGAUUACCAAGGAAGUCGUGAUUAUCGUCGAGAUGGGUGGAAAAGUAGUGGUAGCGGCUAUGGUGGUAGCUACGGUGGCGGAUACAGCAGUGGCGGUGGAUACAAAUCGCGAAGUAAUUAUGGAUCCGGAGGCUAUAAAGGCGGACAAAGUAAUUAUCACCCAUACCGAAGAAGCGGUGGAAGUGGAGGAGGCUAUAGACAGAAUCAGUCCUACGGCAGCGGUUACGGUGGUGGUUACGGUUCUGGCUCGUAUGGAUCCUCAGGUGGUUAUGGUUCAAAUUACGGAUCUUAUGGAAGCGGUUACGGUUCUGGAAGCUACGGUUCUAGUGGCUCAGGAGGUUAUAAUUAUAAUAAUCAUCAAGGUUCGAGUAAUCGUGGUAGUUCAAACACAAAUACAGGCCACUGGGGUCAGGGACAGUACGGCAGUAGUGGCUCAUAUGGUAGCUAUGGUAGUCAGUCAAACCAGAAUCAACAAUGGAGCGGUUCAAACAGUGGUUGGAGUGGCUACAACUACAACAAUUAUAGUGGAGGUGGAAGCAGUUACGGUGGAAGUGGUUACAGUUACUAAGAAGCUUUGUCCCGAUUAAAACUCUACCUGGAAUAAUUCGUGAAUAAAAAAGUCCUUUCUCCCGCCGUGAAGUGUAAAUAGUUACAUCGUGUGUUGACAUCUUACAAACAACUUUCUUUCAGGUUGUACAUAUUUGCCAGUGGAUAAUAUAUUCUAUCUUGCACAA